AUGGCGGAUAGUAACAAAAACAAGAGCGCUAAGUUACUAGCAAUAGCUGCGGCUAUUGCAAUCGGUGGUAUCGAUGGUCAGUUUCUGGCCUUCGAUCAACACGCAACCGAGUGUGCACUGUACGUGAACGGACCCGGCAAAUCGUCCGCCUUUGACUACAACCUCAACCUGUUCCGUGGCACAAUUGCACCGCUGCAUGCCGAACCGACCACCUGUAUUACGUACGAUGCCAUCAAUCAGGCGUACCUGGAUGCCCGGAAGCGGAUCCGCGUAUCGCAACCGAAAGGUGACUGGAAGACGGAAGACAUCGCGACAGUUGGUGAGCUGCUGCUCGACAUCUCGAUUCAGCUAGCCAGAACGUAUGGUUUGUCGUACGAAGAGAUCGAGAAGGGUCUGCCAUCGAUCGACACGUCGAAGACACUGAUCCGUGAGGUAUGUCCAGCGUUCCUGUCCGGGGUAGAGUGCCGCCCGGGCAAGUACCGCCGUGUGGACGGGCUCUGCAACAACCUGAAGCAUCCGACGUGGGGUGCAGCGAUGACACCGUUCCAGCGGCUGAUCGGACCACUGUACGCGGACGGUAUCAACGCGCCGCGCAUCUCGAUCACCGGUCACGAUCUACCAUUGUCGCGUGUCGUGUCCCGCACGAUCCAUCCGGACGAGGGCUACCAUGACCAUGCCGGUACGGUGUUUGUUAUCGCGUGGGGACAGUUUAUGGAUCACGACUUUACGCUUACCGCGACACCGCUCGACCCAAUCAACCGUAACGACCCGGAGGAGUGCUGCAAACGGCCGCCCCAUCUGAAGCACCCGUACUGUAAUGAGAUUCGCGUCCCGGACGACGACUACUUCUACCGGCUGUUUAACGUCAAGUGUAUCGAUUUCGUGCGCGGUUUCCCAUCGCCCCGUGCCGGCUGUCGGCUCGGUUCGCGCCAACAGUUCAACACGCUCACCUCCGUCAUUGACGGUAACACGAUCUACGGUGUGAACGAGAAGUUCACCCGGAAGCUACGCACCGGCUACAACGGGCUGCUGCGCAUGAACCCGGUGUUUGCCGAGUACGGGCUGAAGGAUCUGCUGCCGCUGAAACUGGACAUACCGGACGAGGGUUGUACGCGGCCGAACAAGAGCAUGUUCUGCUUUGAGGCGGGAGAGAUUCGCGUGAACGAGCAGCUGGUACUGACCUGCAUGCACACGCUGUUGGCUCGCGAACACAACCGUAUCGCGACCGAGCUCGGCAAGAUCAAUCCACACUGGGACGAUGAAACGCUGUUCCAGGAGGCGCGUCGCAUCAACAUCGCCAUCAUCCAGCACAUCACGUACAACGAGUUCCUGCCGAUACUGCUCGGCAAGGAGGUGAUGGAGAAGUUCGGACUGCUCACGCAAAAGGAAGGCUACUGGGAUGGGUAUGACGAGAACAUUAACCCGGCCAUCAUCGAUUCGUUCGCGUCGGCCGCAUUCCGUUUCGGACACUCGCUGCUACCGACCGCCGUCGAGCGCUGGUCCAAGGCACACAAGUUUAUCGCCUCCAAGCGUCUGUCGGAUCUGAUUCGUCGUCCGUACGAUCUUUAUCGGGCCGGCGUGUACGACGAGUACCUGAUGGGGCUGAUGAACCAGGUCGCACAGGCUAUGGAUGACUCGAUCACGCAGGAAGUUACGAACCAUCUGUUCAAGAAGGAGGGUUCCCGGUUCGGUAUGGAUCUGGUGUCGUUCAAUAUGCAGCGAGGCCGCGAGUUCGGUGUGCCCGGGUACAUGGAGUUCCGCAAGUUCUGCGGUUUGCCAACGUCUGAUAACUUCGAGGAGCUGUUCGGUUCAAUGCCGAACGAAACGGUGCGCCGGUACGAGAGCAUCUUCGAACAUCCAGCUGAUGUAGAUCUAUGGUCUGGUGGUGUGUCAGAGCGUUCGCUGCCCGGUUCGAUGUUGGGACCGACCUUUGCCUGCAUCAUCGCUACCCAGUUUAGCUAUGUGCGACGUGGCGAUCGGUUCUGGUACGAGCUGCCAAACCAGCCGUCCUCCUUCACGCCGGAACAGCUGCAGGAGAUCCGUAAGGCGAAGCUUGCUCGCCUGAUCUGCGACAACACUGAUCUGAUCGAUACCGUGCAGAUCUACCCGAUGGUGCUGCCUGAUCACGAAAUUAACCCCCGAGUGCCAUGCAAGAGUGGAAUUCUUCCUUCCAUCGAUCUGUCCAAGUGGGCCGACUAUGGUCACGAGACUCAUUCACCUCAUCAAUAUCAAUUCUUAAACGACAUUCCGGAAACGAUUGGAUUCAAAUAG